UUUUAUUUUAGGAAGGUGAUAGGAAAGUGCUAAUAAGCAGUAGCUAGCUAGCUAGGGAUUCACCAUUCAAAUACAACCACAGCCUCUCAAGACUAUAUUGAUGUAAACAUCAUCUGCUGGUGUAUAUUCUGAAAAGGACACACACAGAUCUCAUUUGAUUUUCAUUCUCCGGCAGCAGCAGAUCCAGGUAUUCAAACUUCAAUUACUUCUACUCCAAGUCAAACACAACAUCGGAGAUAUUAUGGAUAGUGAACAUAACAAGAUCGUUAUCAACAAGCACGAGGAAGAACCACAACAUGUUGGUGACUAUGAUUAUAAUUAUCAUCAGAUCGUUGGAACAAAUCCGAUGGAUAAUACUUCUUCUUACGGCGGUUUCAUCCAACAAUAUUCAUCUUUACCACUUCCUUCGAUGAUGAUAGCACCUCAAUCACAAAAUCAACAACUAGUUACACCACCCGAUCAUCGUCAACAAGAAACAACGGUGAAAAGACACUAUAGAGGAGUAAGGCAAAGACCAUGGGGAAAGUGGGCCGCGGAGAUACGCGAUCCCAGCAAAGGCGCUCGUGUUUGGUUGGGUACGUUUGAAACAGCGGAGAGUGCAGCCCUCGCUUAUGAUCAAGCCGCACUUAAGUUUAAAGGCUCAAAGGCCAAACUCAAUUUCCCCGAACGUGUUCAAGGCCACCCUGAACUUCAUUAUAUAGUCCCCACCACCACGGCCACCACCACCACGGCCACCACCACUACACAACCACCAGCUGCCACCCCAUCGCAGCCUCCUAACCCUCCACCCCAUCAAGCAAUAGCCACCAUUUAUCCAGAUCUUCUUCAGUAUGCCCAACUUCUUUCGAGUAAUGAAGCCGAAAUGAGUUACUUCACUGCAGCUCUAUACCCUCAUAAUAAUACCAACACUGCUGAUGUUAACACUCAACAACAACAAUAUUAUUCUGGUAGUUAUGCUUCCCACCAAUUUCCAUCACCAACCGUCGGAUCAUCGAUGUCUUAUGAGCCAAACUACAUCAACGAUCCGGUUUCAUCAUCGGAUUUAGGGUCCCAUCAACAUGUAAAUUGGGAGUGGAAUGAUGCUUUUGAUCCCAGUAAGAACUCAUGAGUUACAAAUCAAGUGCAAAGGUUAUAUAUGUGGAUUCAUGAAUCAUAAGAAUGUAUGUUUUUAGGCUGAUUAAUUAAACAAAUCUGAGAUUUUGACAUGGAUUAUUUCAGCAAAUAUGAUGAGUGUAAGAUUUAAUUACAUUUAUUGUUUUCUUUGUGCCA